AUGACUACACAUCUGAUUGGAUGGACCAUGAUUUCACUUACUUUUACUUCAAGUGUAGAAUGUAGUCGAUUUAGCAAACAAUAUACAUUUAUUACAAUUCCAAUCCAGGUAUUAAUCAUAAAACAUCAUCCUGAAUUUCCUAAUCAUAUCAUGUUAGGAUUUGAUUGGUUUACUAGUCGAAAAUAUGAUGAUGAAGAGCUCCAGAUAUAUAGAGCAGAAAUUAUAACUGACGCAGAGGAUAGUUGGGUAAGGACAACUCUUUGUAUCAAAAAUCUUGCCGAAAGAAAAGGAAAAUCCAUAGUAGUACCUGUGUAUGAAUUUGAUAGAAGCGAAGCUUCAUUGCUACAUAAUAAUCAGUCAGGUUCUUCUGAUUCCUGCUUACAGCAAAAUAAAAGCAAGAAAAAUAAGAUCAAGUAUUCUAUUAUAGAAUCGGAAUUAGAUACUAACUCUGAUACUUCUGAAUCAGGCAUUUUUUCAUCUAGUUCAGGAUCAAAAGAUACACACAUAUAUAAGAGUGUGUGA